CUUCUGCUGCCUGCUGUGAGUUCACACCGCGCAGCCCCAACUUCGAUCUACCAACUUAGAGUUUAGGAUGACAUCAUUUAUAAUUGUCAUUCUACUGACUGUUGAAACCAUGGUGUCAGGCCACGGGGACGUUUAUACGAACCACUGGGCAGUGCGGAUUACAGGUGGUCGGGAACAAGCGGACAAAAUCGCAGCGAAAUAUGGAUAUAGAAACCUGGGACAGAUAGGAAGCCUGGAGGAUCACUACCAUUUCCAUCAUAGCAAAGUAGUUCGCAGAGCUGCUUUCUCUCUGAAGGGUCCCCACAGCUUCAUCCAUAUGGAUCAGAAGGUGGACUGGGCCCAGCAGCAGGUAGUAAAACCGAGAGUAAAGAGGCAAACCCAAAAUGACCCAAGCCUUUUUCAUUUCAAUGACCCUAAAUGGUCCAACAUGUGGUACAUUCACUGCAAUGAUAAGAGCAGCCACUGUCACUCAGAGAUGAACAUCCUGGCUGCCUGGCAGAGGGGCUACACUGGUAAGAAUGUGGUGGUCACCAUAUUGGAUGACGGCAUUGAGAGGAACCACCCCGAUCUGGCUCAGAACUAUGAUCAUCUGGCAAGUUAUGAUGUCAAUGGAAAUGACCAUGACCCUACACCACGUUAUGACCCCCGCAAUGAAAACAUACAUGGAACUCGGUGUGCAGGUGAAGUUGCAGCAGUGGCCAAUAACUCCCAUUGCAUCGUUGGGAUUGCCUACAAUGCUCACAUUGGUGGCAUUCGAAUGCUGGAUGGUGAUGUGACUGAUAUAGUCGAGGCGAAGUCCCUGGGAAUCCGACCUGACUACAUUGACAUCUACAGUGCCAGCUGGGGCCCAAAAGAUGAUGGAAAGACAGUGGAUGGCCCAGGGCCACUUACUAAGCAGGCUUUUGAGCAGGGCAUCAAGAAGGGUCGCAAAGGCCUGGGAUCCAUUUUUGUUUGGGCAUCCGGAAACGGUGGUCAGCAGGGUGAUCACUGUUCAUGUGAUGGUUACACCAGCAGUAUCUACACUAUAUCCAUCUCCAGCACCACAGAGAAUGGAAACAAGCCCUGGUACCUGGAGAUGUGCAGUUCCAUCAUGGCCACAACCUACAGCAGUGGAGAGUUUGACGAAAGGAAGAUAGUAACCACUGACCUCCGGCAGCGCUGCACUGAUGGUCACACUGGCACGUCUGUCUCUGCUCCCAUUGUGUCUGGAAUCAUAGCUCUUGCCCUGGAGGCGAACUUUUUGCUGACAUGGAGGGAUGUACAACAUCUUCUUGUGAAAACAUCCAGACCAGCCCAUCUGAAAGCUGAUGACUGGAAGACCAAUGCUGUUGGACUCAGAGUCAGCCACCUGUAUGGCUUUGGCCUGGUGGAUGCAGAGGCCAUGGUGCUGGAGGCUAGAGAGUGGAGGACUGUUCCUCCUCAGCACACCUGCAGUCAGAUGCGUGAGCGACGCUCGAGGUAUAUCCAUGCAGGUCAAAGUCUGAACAGCAGCAUAACUACCUCUGCGUGUUCAGAAGAACCUGAGCAGCAGGUGGUUUACUUGGAGCAUGUGGUGGUCAAGGCCCUGAUUGUCCACCCACGACGAGGAGACCUGGAGGUCAACCUCAUAUCUCCGUCUGGAACAAGAUCACAACUGCUAGCCAAGAGGUUGUUUGACAGUUCCAACGAGGGUUUCAGGAACUGGGAGUUCAUGACAGUUCAUUUCUGGGGGGAGAGGGCAGAGGGCACAUGGACUUUAGAGGUUAUUGACUCACUGUCAAAGCUACGCAAUCCUGAGGUGCUGGGCAAUCUCAAAGAAUGGAGACUGAUCCUCUAUGGCACAUCUCACAGUCCUUACCAUCCCAGCAGUGGUCUGCACUCCCAUUCAACAAUGUUGGAUAUACAGGCCCCAGAGGAGAUCCUGGGGGAGCCAGAGAUGGAGGAGAAGGAGGAAGAUGAGUACAGUGGACCAUGCCACAAUGACUGUGGAGUCCAGGGCUGUGAUGGACCAAAUGCUGACCACUGCCGCAGCUGUGUCCAUUUCAGUUUAGGCAGCAUGAGAAGUGACAGAGACUGUGUGAGCCACUGUCCACUGGGAUACUAUGAGGACAUAGCGUCUCGUCGCUGUAGACACUGUCAUAGAGGCUGUGAGAGAUGUGUUGGCCAAUCAGCUGGCGACUGUCUCUCUUGUCGAAGGGGAAUUUACCUUGACACACUCAACUCCAGCUGCAGUGAUAACUGCCCCCCAGGGUACUUUGGUGAUGACAAUCAGAGACAGUGUGUGAAGUGUCAUGAAACUUGUAUGAGUUGCCUGGAGUAUGCAGACAGAUGCACUGCCUGCAAAGAAGGCUAUGGUCUGGCUGGGAUCACAUGCAUUCCUAAAUGCACCACCGGAACCUUCUUCAAUCUGGAAGAGAUGACGUGCAGCUCAUGCCAUUCCUCUUGUAGGACGUGUACAGGGCCAGGUAAGGAGGAGUGUAUCCAGUGUGCUGAGGGCCACCUGCAGCAGGAGUGGAGGUGUGUGCAGACAUGUACUCCUGGCUACUACUCUGGAGAGGCAGCAGGAGCCCCUCAUAAGAUGUGUCACAGGUGUGAGGAAAACUGUCUGAGCUGCAGUGGCCCUGGAACAACUUGCACCAAAUGCAAAGAGGGUUAUAGUCUCGUCAGCAGGACUUGUAUUGUGAACGCGUCAUGUAAUAAUGCUCACGAGGUGUUCUGUGAGAUGGUCAGAUCCAACCGUCUAUGUGAAAAGAAGCUUUACCGUCAGUUCUGCUGUCGUACCUGUCUGAUGAACGGAUGAGAAGCCGACCUCGUCCUGACACCUCCUUCUCUCUUACUCUUAAUCUGCUAAACUGAUUUGGUCAAAGCUGUGUCAGUUACAAACAUUAAAAGGUAAUAAAAUGUCUUUUAAUUUGUACGUAAAAACAAGGGUAUUUAACUUAAGCUCUGCAGUUUUAUUUUGGUAGUUGCUAAAGGCAGGUAUACAGAUAGAUCUUUUUUAAAACAGGCAUUUUUAAACUGAAGUCUAUGGAAUGUGUACGCACGUUCAGCACAGAAUCAAUAGUGGUUUGAACAUGUACAAGACUGAAUAAUAAUAAAUGUGCUUUUUCAACAAUGGCAAGUACUAAAGAUAGUCAAGAA